ACCCCUAACUUGGCACAGUUUCGCAGCCGAGAAGUGGGCACUUGGCAUCCCCCUCUAUCCAUCCAUGCGUUGACCCUAAAACCUCGCCUCCUUUAGUGCAGCUGGAGGGAGAGGCAAUUUCAGAUGUAUGGAACCGGCAGAUGGAGAAGCUGGAGGUUGACUUGUAAAUACUCUAAUUUGAGGAGAGAUUUUGUAGGGAGAGGGUGGAAAUAGUGACCUGUCACAUUCAAAAGGCACACACUCCUUCUCUCCGUCUUGCCCGUUCCCCUUCCUCCGUCAUCAGCAAAAGGGAUCCUGCAGCUGGCGGUUGUCCCGGGCCCGCUGGCGCAGUGCGGACGCGGGAGGCGCGGAGGGGGCGCUGCAGCGGCCGCCGGGCACCGACUCGGAACAGAUGGCAACAGCGACCUCGGCCGGCCGGUUCUGCGCCGCUGGCUGCUGCCCCCUAGCCGGGGCUGGUUUUGCUCGUGCGGGGCUGGGUUUUGUUUUAUUUACUUGAAUAAUGAAACAGCAAUUAGAAUGACAAGGUAGCCCAUUACUACAUGUGUGGAGUUUCUGCUAACUACUAAGGUGAACUCAAAUAUUUAGGAGACUGAAGAAAUCGUGUAAUUUUGUAAAAUUCUGGAAAGCAGUUAAAGAAUUGAUGGCAAUUAUUGUUUUGUUACUUGCUUGUAGGAUAUAAAAAUCCAUGUAGUUUUCUAACUACACAUAAUCCACUGUUCAGCUCUGCAUAAAGGCUUAACUCUUGAUGUUCUUAAGGCUUUUAAGCAUCGUCACAUCUAAGCGUUAUGGACACUCAAAAAGGCAUUGCCCAGCACAUGUCUUAAAUGCGAUUCAUCACCACGGGAAGCAUGGGGUUGAGUUUUUCUUAUGGACAUCUUGUUUCUUAAAACAACAUGUUCUGGUUUGAAGAUGGACCUUGCUUGCAGUGGUUGUAUAAAGUGAGAAUGGUGGGUCAGAGUGCCGGCAGGAUGGGUUUACCAGCAAGGUCUCAGGCUCUUGGGCUGACAGGUAGCACUGUGUCUGCGCAGGUAGCUCGAAGGUUUCCUGAUUCUGCAGCCACUGCAGUGAGACACCGCAUUCCCAUCCACUGUGCCGAGGUCAUUGAGGAAAUGUCUGGGAGCCUGCCCUGAGGGGCACACCAGAAAAGGAAGAAUUCCUUAUCCCGUUGCUUCGCAGAGGCGCAAUGGAGUAAUUUAAAGCAACAACAAAACUGAACUAACCUUUUGCAAACAUUGGGAGAAAUAUCUCACAGAAGAUAGGAAAGUCAUCUUUACUUUAUCCUUCUUAUUGAGGAAAAUUUCUGAGUGAGCAGAAAUGGCCUAACUCUCCUUGAAACAUGCCUAAGAGCACAAACACAGCAUAGUAACCACUUUGCCCCAAACUGUACAUUUAUAACAACCAAAAGCAACUAAAUAGCAAUUAUGGUUUUCUGAGCUAUAACCUGAGCACAACUGUUAUCAUCCUGAGUCUUACUGGAGCCAUUUGUAAGUUUCAAGUGCACACAAGAACAUCAUUUAUCUCUUUUGGCAGGCAAAUACUUUACUGCCCUGCAGUUAAGAUUAUAGAUACUUCGUUUUAGAGCUGUUCAUUUCUGUUCUUUGCAUCAGUAAUCUCAAGGAUACUAAUAAUAAGCUAACCAAAUCGUUGAAAGAAUUUAGUAUUUAGAUUCUAUCGUUAUUUUCUGACUUGUUUGUUGCUAAUUUAUCAUCCCCUUCUCCAAAUGAUGGCAUGUUAUUAAUUGCUUCUUUCUGUGUGGUUGUGCAAUGCUAAUGCAUUGUGGAAUUCAAUAAAUAUUAAAUCAGCCAAUCAAUCCUUUUGGAAGUUAAUUUAGUAGAAUUCACACCUAUUCUUUCCAGUAGGUUUCUAUUAAUAAAGAAUAAUUGAUAUUAUAGCAAAAUCACAAAUUUAAAGUUUGGAGGUAGCAAUGGAGGAGGAAGGUCUGUCAUACCUUGGAAUGAAAACUCAAGAUGGAAAUAUAUAUAUAAUUUUUUUUAUUUUUAUGAUAGUGAGUUAGCACUGUCACCCAAGACAAAUGAGUUGUGAAAAUUAGUUAAGAGAAUUUGGUAUCAGGUAUGUAGAUGAUACAUCCUGCAGCCCUUUAUCCCUUUAGAUUUUCAACCAAAUUGAGAACGCAUACAAGGAUUCAAAAGGAAAUUAAGAGCCUGGCUUAGACUCAGGGCCAAGAUGGAGCAUCUUAUCCCUUUUCCCCCUAACUCUGCUGACCUGCCCAGUCACAACUGAAGAAGUGUAGGCCUUCCCAACACUAAGGCCGGAAGGAAACCCUACCUGUCCUGCUUCUCACCUGAAGACUCAAAGGAGCCUGACACCCUCCAGUCCACAUGGCCUGCAGCACAAGUAAGCAAGAGACCAUCUGUGAAAGGGACCUUUCCUACACCAGCCCUGCCAAUAGUGGUCCCAGCCCCUCCCCAGGGACCCUCAUCAUUGAGUCAUUCUUCUCCCAAAGAUAAAUAUGAGUAAGGGGCUUAAUAAGGUGACAGAAACAUCUUCUACAGUACCUCCCUAGAGGUAGGAAUGGCACGAAUUCCUCAUGUGUGCAUCAGAAAGAAACAUUGAGAAGUGUCUUCACCUAAGCUGUGUGGUGACCAGUUGAGGAAAAGACAGGGAUUGCAGAUGACUCAGGUUUGGGGCUUGGAUGAAGGAACAGUUGUGAAGGCAGAGAAGACAAACUGAGGUUCAGACCCAUUGAGGAGCAGAGUUGUCAGAAAGUCAUCCAUGUGAAAUUACUCAUGGAAACCCAACUGGGGAAUCAGAAGCAGAGAAGGGUGAGAAUUGCACACAUCAAUUAUAGUUGAAGUCACGCAGGUGGACAGAAUUACAGAGGGAGAGAAAGUGUACAAAGAACUGAAAUCUGUUGAGGUCUAUCCUGAUGGGGCUUUUUUGUAAACCUACAUUGCUGGAAAUGCCUCAUAGAGUGACUAUGGUUUCCUUUAAUCAUAGAUUAAAUCAUGUAUUAGAUCUGUGGUAAAGAACUGUAAGUCAGAACUGCCGAGUAAACUAUGAAAAACUUAAUGAUCAAACUUUUUUAUCAUAGAUAUUGGUACAUCCCAAUGAUCUGUACUGUUCUAGUGUGUGAUCGCUUAGGAAUGAAUAUGAUCUGAACUUCUUGCAUUCACAGAAGGUGUCUAAAAUUCAGAACCAUGCAGGUCCAUCUCCUGACCCUAAACAUGGUAAAUUGCAUGAGGAAAUCGGAUCCCGAAGAUUACAGUUUCACAAAACCUUUGGUAACGAACUAAGAAAAUGCAGAAGAUCUUUCAAACAGAGGAAACCACUGAUUCCCAAGCUCUCAGAAAAGGAAAGAGGAAAAGGACGGAGCCGAUGGACCCAGAGAACGUGAACAGUGACCUGGAUAAAGCGCAGAGAGACCCAUAUUCGGGAAAUGCCUUUCUGCCUGGUGAAAGCUCCAGUGAGGAUGAAGAGCCUCUAGCAGAACUGUCAAAGGAGGAAUUGUGCACAAAAAUAAAAAGCCUGAAACAAAAACUAACAAGCAUCCGGAAAGAAAACAGCCGCCUUCGACAGUCUUUGGUCAUGCUGCAAGGAAACAAACUAGAUAUAACAACAGAGAAGACCAUUUUACAUGGAGACAUGAAACCUAUGAAUGUUGUUACCGCAGGCCGUCACUCAGUUUGAAGAGCUGGUGGGGAUGGCAGAGGCACUGCUCAAGGGUGGAGGAACCCUGUCCACAUCCGCAUCCACCCUCUGGAGAGCAGCGAAUAACUCCUCGCCGGAUUCCUUUGCUUCUACGUGCAGUAAUUCUAAUUCUAAUUCCAG